AUGACUACAUACCCGUUGAAUAUGAUGUUGCAACACUUGCUAACUUACGUACGUUCAUUUUGCUCGGUUCGAUAUAUAGUUAAAUUCUUGCCAAACGGUUCAUUGGCUCCGAGAUUGAAUAUUGAUAGUAAUGUAUUAUUAAGUAAAAACUCAGAAUAUGAUGAUUGUGAUUGUUCGGCAUCAGAUUCCAAUGUGUUAUAUACUUCAAGUUAUACAGAUCCUAUCAAUAGUAAUGAUGAUGAUAGUUAUAACGAACCAAAUCGGAAUUCACAUUUAACUUCUUUACCCUGUUACAAUGACAAUCGAGAUACUGUUUCCAGUUCAUUUUCUAUUUUUAAUUCACAUAAAAAAUUUAAAAAUUAUCAAGAGUCUAAUGUUCCAGUGUAUUAUGUUGGUUCAUUUUCCAAUAUAUAUACCAGUUUACCAGAUUCUGAAAUAAAAUCUAUAAAAAACAUUACUGGUGAUAAUAAUGAUCAAAAAUUAAUUAUGAAAUCAAACAAAACACAGUACAGUAAUUAUAGGUAUCGUGGAAAAAAUAAAAGAGGAAAGCGCCUUAAAGAGUCUACUAAAAAUAAUGGCAAAUUGUAUCAUAAUAAUAAUACUUCAGAUACUACAGACAGCUCUGAUAAACAUUUUCAUUCAUCAUCUAGAUCAAAUCGUAUUUCACAAUUAGAAGCUGAAAUUUCUCGUUUAAGAUCACAAAUUGCUCAGUUAAUUUCGGCUCAAGAAUUAGGCGAAUCAAGCACAUGUGACUUAGGACGAGAUCGCUUUCCUCAUCGUCCAGAUGCAGAUGGUGAGAGUGAUACUGCCAUCGCCGCCACAGGAUCACCUAGUUUGAUGGAACAUGAUGAAACAAAGUUUAACAACAAUUUGUUAGAAUCUAAUAUUCCUUCAGCUAGUUUAAUUUCGACAUCAUUAAUACUACCGCCGCCGCCACCACCACCGCCCAUGAUUUCUUCACCUGCACUACAAGGAGGAGCAAAUGGUAGUAGUAAUUGGAGAGAACAAUUGCAAGCAAGGUUAAGAAGUAAAAAGAAUAAUUGCACAGAUAAAACAUCUACACCAAUAAAAAGUAAUUUGUCGAUAUCACAAAAUCCUGCUGAUAUGUCACAAGUGUUGAAAGAAUUACAAAGUGGAUCCAUUAAACUACGUUCAAUACCAAGAUCACCCGGUGGCACACCGAUAAAACAAAAACGGUCUCCUACAAUCAGUGGCUCUGAUCAAUGUGCAAUUAUCGCUCGAGCAUUACACUCUAAAUUUUCACAUCUUCGUUCUAUGAUGGACAGUUCUACUAGUGAUGAAGAAGAAAGCCAGUCAGAUAAUCAUCUUGACUCUGGUCUAGGACCUGGACGUGAAGAUAUUUGGUCACCCAAACGUAAACCCAACAGUUCUCCUCAUUCACUGUUAUGUCAUUUCUUCAAUCGUAUUGAUCCUGUUUUUAAGAUACUAAAGCUAACUUACGUACGUUCAUUUUGCUCGGUUCGAUAUAUAGUUAAAUUCUUGCCAAACGGUUCAUUGGCUCCGAGAUUGAAUAUUGAUAGUAAUGUAUUAUUAAGUAAAAACUCAGAAUAUGAUGAUUGUGAUUGUUCGGCAUCAGAUUCCAAUGUGUUAUAUACUUCAAGUUAUACAGAUCCUAUCAAUAGUAAUGAUGAUGAUAGUUAUAACGAACCAAAUCGGAAUUCACAUUUAACUUCUUUACCCUGUUACAAUGACAAUCGAGAUACUGUUUCCAGUUCAUUUUCUAUUUUUAAUUCACAUAAAAAUUUUAAAAAUUAUCAAGAGUCUAAUGUUCCAGUGUAUUAUGUUGGUUCAUUUUCCAAUAUAUAUACCAGUUUACCAGAUUCUGAAAUAAAAUCUAUAAAAAACAUUACUGGUGAUAAUAAUGAUCAAAAAUUAAUUAUGAAAUCAAACAAAACACAGUACAGUAAUUAUAGGUAUCGUGGAAAAAAUAAAAGAGGAAAGCGCCUUAAAGAGUCUACUAAAAAUAAUGGCAAAUUGUAUCAUAAUAAUAAUACUUCAGAUACUACAGACAGCUCUGAUGAACAUUUUCAUUCAUCAUCUAGAUCAAAUCGUAUUUCACAAUUAGAAGCUGAAAUUUCUCGUUUAAGAUCACAAAUUGCUCAGUUAAUUUCGGCUCAAGAAUUAGGCGAAUCAAGCACAUGUGACUUAGGACGAGAUCGCUUUCCUCAUCGUCCAGAUGCAGAUGGUGAGAGUGAUACUGCCAUCGCCGCCACAGGAUCACCUAGUUUGAUGGAACAUGAUGAAACAAAGUUUAACAACAAUUUGUUAGAAUCUAAUAUUCCUUCAGCUAGUUUAAUUUCGACAUCAUUAAUACUACCGCCGCCGCCACCACCACCGCCCAUGAUUUCUUCACCUGCACUACAAGGAGGAGCAAAUGGUAGUAGUAAUUGGAGAGAACAAUUGCAAGCAAGGUUAAGAAGUAAAAAGAAUAAUUGCACAGAUAAAACAUCUACACCAAUAAAAAGUAAUUUGUCGAUAUCACAAAAUCCUGCUGAUAUGUCACAAGUGUUGAAAGAAUUACAAAGUGGAUCCAUUAAACUACGUUCAAUACCAAGAUCACCCGGUGGCACACCGAUAAAACAAAAACGGUCUCCUACAAUCAGUGGCUCUGAUCCGUGUGCAAUUAUCGCUCGAGCAUUACACUCUAAAUUUUCACAUCUUCGUUCUAUGAUGGACAAUUCUACUAGCGGUGAAGAAAAAAGCCAGUCAGAUAAUCAUCUUGACUCUGGCCUAGGACCUGGACGUGAAGAUAUUUGGUCACCCAAACGUAAACCCAACGGUUCUCCUCAUUCACUGCACGUUCUCCGCCCAGUCAAUCGACGUCCAGACAAAGCCAAUUAA